AUCCCUAACCCACUGAGCAAGGCCAGGGAUCGAACCUGCAUCCUCAUGGAUAUUAGUCAGGUUCAUUUUCACUGUGCCACAGUGGGAACUCCUAUUCGGGCAAAUUUCAGUAUGGUUCGUCAGAUCCGCACUAAGCAGAAACCAGUAUCCUUGAAACUAUUUAUUUAUGUUCAUCUGAAAUAAGCGUAUUCGUCUUUUUAAAUUUUUAUUUUGAUUGAUUUACAAUGUUCUGUCAAUUUCUGCUGUACAGCAAAGUGACCGAGUCACACACAUAUACACUCUUUUUCUCACGUUAUUCUCCACCGUGUUCCAUUACAGGUGAUUAUAUAUAUAGCUCCCUGCACUGUACAGCAGCAGCUCAUUGCCCAUCUACUCCAAAUGCAAGGGUUUUCAUCUGCUAACCCCAGAUUCUCAGUCCAUCCCCCUUCCUCCCCCACCCCCAGCAAACACGAGUCCAUAAUUUCUGUUUUGUUGAUAUUUAGACUCUACAUAUAAGUGAUAGCAUAUGGUGUCUGCCUUUGUCUUUCUAAGUGCAUUUAAAUUCAACCCUUUUUAGUGUUUCUGCAUUUGUUUGGGUGUGUUAUUCACAUGCUUCACUUGACAUGAAGUAUUACAAAUACAUUUUGAACUUUGGCAUUGAUAGUAAAUAUUCACAAGAUUUUGUUUUAAGUUUGAAUGAUUAUAAUUUUUCUGGCUAUUUUGUCACUUGCUUAUGUGAAACACGUUAUUCAAAUAUUCCUAUAUAAAUAUACAACUGGAAAGAACAGAAGUGCAGACAUCGAUGGACUAGACAGUGGAUUGUAAGUAAUACUGUGUCUGCGUCUGUUUUAAGGAAGGGAUUAAUUUCCAACCCAGCAAAAACUUCCCAGAGAGCAUCUGCUGCUGUGCAUUUGAGACAAGAGUUCGGAGCCAGAAUCCUUGACUGCUUUAUUGGUACUUGAAAGAUUCACUACUCUGACGUAUUGGCCAUUCUCAAAACGGGUAGCGUGACGACUUGUCAAAAUGAACGCGUCACCAUGUCUUCUGUCAAGAACAUCAGACCUGAGCUUUCAGCUAUUAGACUGGGACUUCAUAAUUUACAUACGAUGUCUGUAGAAACAGCAUAUGAGCCACGACUGACAUGAAAGGGCAAAACCAAAGCUCUGUGGUUGACUUCAUCCUCUUGGGCUUUUCUAACUUUCCCGAACUCCAAGGGCAGCUCUUUGGGGUGUUCUUGGUGGUUUACCUGGUGACUCUGAUGGGCAAUGCCGUCAUUAUUCUCGUCAUCUCCCUGGAACAGAGCCUCCAUGUCCCCAUGUACCUGUUCCUCCAGAACUUGUCUGUGGUGGACGUGAGUUUCAGUGCCGUGGUUAUGCCUGAAAUGCUGGUGGUCCUCUCCACUGAGAAAACAGUGAUUACCUUCGCUGGCUGUUUUGCACAGAUGUACUUCCUUCUUCUUUUUGGUGGCACUGAAUGUUUUCUCCUGGGGGCAAUGGCUUAUGACCGAUUUGCUGCAAUCUGCCAUCCUCUGAGCUACCCAGUGCUCAUGAACCAGAGGGUUUUCGUGAAGUUAGUAGGGUCCUCUUGGGUCUCAGGGAUUAUGGUGGCUACUGUGCAGACCUCGUGGGUUUUCAGUUUUCCCUUUUGUGGCCCCAAUGAAAUUAAUCACCUCUUCUGUGAGACUCCCCCAGUGCUGGAGCUUGCGUGUGCAGACACAUUUUUGUUUGAAGUCUAUGCGUUCACCGGCACUGUUUUGAUUGUCAUGGUUCCUUUCUUGUUGAUACUCCUGUCUUACCUUCGAAUCCUCCUUGCCAUCCUGAAGAUGCCACCCACCACAGGGAGGCAGAAGGCCUUUUCCACCUGUGGCUCCCAUCUCACGUCUGUUACCCUCUUCUAUGGCACAGCCAGUAUGACUUACUUACAGCCCAAAUCUGGCUACUCCCCAGACACCAAGAAGCUCCUGUCCUUGGCUUACUCACUUCUCACGCCUCUGCUGAACCCCCUGAUCUACAGCUUGAGGAACAGUGAGCUGAAGAGAGCUUUGAUGAAGUUAUGGCGAAGAAAAGCAGACUUACACACCUUCUGACUGUGUGGAGAAACCCUGAGAUAUUUAUUCACUCCCUGACUGCACUCUAUUUAAAUUUAAUAAUGGUAAAAUAGUUUACAUUCUUUGGUACUAAUAUAUUUGUUGAGUUCUCCAAGUUUAAAAAUAUAUCAGGAAUCCCUCUGUUACGGUAACAUAUCCGCAUUCCUUUUUUAUAGCUGCAUAACUUGAUGACAUGAUGUAACAGUGUAUUUAUGAGCUCCUCUGGUACCAACAUCCACGUUGCUACUGGAUUGUUGUCAUGAAGACGAAGCUUUAAUAAACACCCAGCUCUGGAGUUCUCUUGUGGUGCAGCGGGUUCAAGAUCUGGCACUGUCCCUGUAGUGGUUUGGGUUGCUGCUGUGCUGUGGGAUCGAUCCCUGGCCUGGGACCUUCCACAUGCUGAGAGUGCGGCAAAAACAAACCACCCUCUGAAAACUCA